AUGGAUCCCACGUGGCCAUAUGCAAGCUCCCGUGCCUUUUAUAUGCCAUUUAGAGCAAUGAAUCUAGACCCAAGGAUUUCCCUUGGACACCAAGAAGUCAAUUGUAGCCAGCCAACGUCCGGUUCUCUAUAUCCAUUCGAUCCCGCCUGCUCAACCAGCUCUCCGUCGCCCAGUUCACUUGGAGAAGCCGAUCAACUUGAUAGUCAGUCCCCCAGUCAGCCCAGCCAGUCCACAGCCAAGAAAUACGACAAGUGGACAAACGAUCAACAGCGCUACUUAAUACAGUUAUGGGCAGACAAGCAGGAUAUGAUCAACAGCAAAGAUUCAAGAAAUGCUUGGCGUGAGAUUGCCGAGGCCAUCAAUAACAAGUUCAAAACAAACAAGACAGUGGACAAGUGUUUACGAAAAAUAAAAUACUUAAUUGAUGCCUAUAAAGAAAAAAAAGAAUGGAACAGAAAUCAGACCGGUGGUAACUUACGAAAGUCUAUUUUCUAUGAUGAAAUUGAUGCCGUUCUGGGUUGCCGCGAUGCCGUGACCCUGAAACACGUACAAGAAGCAGGGGAUACUUCAUCGGCCAUAUCUUCAGCAGAUAGCGACAGCCCCUUAAACCUAUCUGCUGAGUCCAGCAGCCAAAGGAAACUGCGGCCCCACAGAAAUCACGCUUGGAAAGAAAGAAAGGCCAGGGCAAAAGGAAACGCAAACUGA